CCAGGUCACCAAGACCCUCCGAGAGGCAGUUGUCCAACACAGGUGGGGCCUCUCCCACACACUCGUGGCCACCCAGGGUCAGACUACCUGCCGUCUCACAUCAGCUGCUGAUUCUGACCCUUUCCUCUGCAGCCUGUGGCUAGACAGACCCAAGAACGACACCUCCAUCCCUGGACAUUCCUGGAACAUACCCAAUAUA